UACACUCUGCUUCUUGCCUAGACUCUGAGAGUGUGUGUGUGUGUUGCAGGUCAUGGGUUGGUCCUUGACACUGGCAGGAGCCUGGCAGGGACUCCUGACCUGUUGGGGCGAAGACUGAUGGCGGUGGACGAUGACAACGACACACUGGCCAAGAACUGUACUGAACCAGCUGUCCAUGAAUUUCCCGAAGACAUGUUCACCAACAGACAACGCACACAAGGAGCCGUGCUGAUACACAUUUUUGCGGCUCUCUACAUGUUCCUGGCUCUGGCCAUUGUGUGUGAUGACUACUUUGUUAUGUCUCUGGACAAGAUCUGUGAGAAACUGGACCUGAGUGAGGACGUGGCUGGUGCCACCUUUAUGGCUGCUGGAAGCUCCGCCCCCGAGCUGUUUGCUUCUGUCAUAGGUGUGUUUAUCACCCACGGGGAUGUGGGAGUGGGGACCAUCGUGGGCUCAGCAGUCUUCAACAUCCUGUGUAUCAUCGGCGUGUGUGGUAUCUUCGCAGGCCAGGUGGUCUACCUGACCAAGUUUUCCGUGUUCCGGGACUCUCUCUACUACACGCUGUCUGUGGUCGCUCUGAUAGCGUUUAUCUACGAUGGAAAGAUAGUGUGGUGGGAGAGCCUGAUUCUGGUGGUGAUGUACUCUGGCUACAUCAUAAUCAUGAAGUUCAACUCCCAGUUACAGAGCUACUUCUCAGGAAAGGAAGAGAAGGCACUGGCCAAUGGGAAUACGGCAAGCAGCGAGCUGGAGGAUGGUAAUGGUUGCUAUGACAGCAUUUGGGACGACCCUUCCACACCACUCCUCCCCCCAGUGAAGCCUGCCAAGUCGUACAGCAGGGGCUCAGUGGUGAUGGUGGAUGAGAUGAUCAGCUCCAGUCCGCCACACUACCGCUUCCCAGAGGCGGGACUACGCGUGAUGAUAACCAAUCACUUUGGACCUAAGACACGCCUCCGCAUGGCCAGCCGAUUGAUCAUCAACGAGCAACAGAGACUGGUGCAGGCGUCCAACGGUGACACCACCAUGGUGCUGGACGGUAAAACAGAAACGCUGGAGAACGGAGGCGUGGCGGAGGAUAAACCUGCCGAGGAGGGGGAGGAGGUGGGACUGGCCUCCCCCUUUACUGUCCCUGGGGGCGCCAUGGAGCGCGUGAAGUGGCUGCUGUGCUGGCCCGUCCUGUUGCUGCUGUACCUGACGGUGCCGGACUGUGCCAAACCGCGCUGGGAGCGCUGCUUCCUGCUCUCCUUCUUCCUCUCCACUGUCUGGAUCGCCAUCUUCUCCUACUUCAUGGUCUGGAUGGUGACUAUCAUAGGCUUCACUCUGGGUAUUCCUGAUGUGAUCAUGGGCAUCACGUUCCUGGCAGCGGGCACCAGUGUUCCUGACUGCAUUGCCAGUCUCAUAGUCGCCAGGCAAGGUCUCGGGGACAUGGCUGUGUCCAACACCAUAGGCAGUAAUGUGUUUGAUAUCCUGGUGGGUCUGGGCGUACCCUGGGCCAUCCAGACUAUGGCUGUGGACUACGGCUCCGAGGUGAUGAUCAACAGCAGAGGGCUGGUGUAUUCUGUCGUGCUGCUCCUGGGAUCUGUGGCUCUCACUGUGCUGGGCAUCCAUGUGAAUGGCUGGAGGCUGGACCUGAGGCUGGGGGUGUACGUGUUGGUCCUGUACGCAGUCUUCCUCUGCUUCUCCAUCCUCAUCGAGUACAACGUGUUCACCUUCGUCAACCUGCCCAUGUGUCUGGAGCCGCUGUAGCCGGGGGAGGGGGCCGGAUCUAUACCAAUGCAUGCUGGGAUGCAUGCAAACCUCCUGAUUAUGGCAGCUAAAGAGUCACUCCGCCCUCUUGACCUCUCACCUCCACAACCUCGUCCAGGAACAGGAGGGUACGAAAUCUGUGUCGGUGUCCGUGGUAACUGUUGUUGGAUGUUGCUGUUGCGUGUUGCAAAGUACUGUGGCUGUGUCCGUGUCGGAAGACAGUUGUUGGCGUGUUCUGUGUCUUAUUUAAACAUGUUACAUGUAACUGACAUGUAUGCAACCUCUAAAGUAGAGGAAUGGUUUCCAUGUGAAUAUGCACCUGAGGUGAGUAAGAAUGCUGUUACAAAAGCUGCUGAUAUGCUGCUGCUUACACACACACACACACACACUUUUUCACACACACAAACGAUCAGAUUUACACACACACACACACACACACUUGUCAACUCUUUUCUCCCUGUCCCAUGAUUACGGAUGGUGACACAGACACUGGUUUACAGUCCAUCUGACACAGUGUCCCAGACUAGGGACAAGUCAGCACUGUCGCAGACAGAGGGUGUAUUCCUCACACUGACACACUGCUAGCUUCUCUCUCCUGACAGAGUCUUCUUUUCCAAAACACUUAGACAGUCUCUUGAGUGUUUUCUGUUCCACACACCGAGGUCCUGUUAGGUGUUCUCUUCCUUCUGGUGCUGGACACCACCCCACCUGGAGCCUGCUAGGGCUCCCUGCUAGGGCUCCCUGCU